AUGACUGGAGGCAAGUCUGGCGGCAAGGCCACUGGCACCAAGAGCAACGCUCAGAGUCUCAUUCUGACAUCCAUCUCNAGCCGUUCUUCCAAGGCUGGUCUCGCCUUCCCCGUUGGUCGUGUCCACCGUCUCCUCCGCAAGGGCAACUACGCCCAGCGUGUCGGUGCUGGUGCCCCCGUCUACCUCGCUGCCGUUCUUGAGUACCUGGCUGCCGAAAUCCUCGAGUUGGCUGGUAACGCCGCUCGCGACAACAAGAAGACCCGUAUCAUCCCCCGUCACCUUCAGCUUGCCAUCCGCAACGACGAGGAGUUGAACAAGCUUCUCGGACACGUCACCAUCGCCCAGGGCGGUGUCCUCCCCAACAUUCACCAGAGUACGUUUCGCGCCACCUCCACAAUCACACUCCCACAUUCUAACAUGCUUUCUUCCNNAGACCUUCUUCCCAAGAAGACCGCUGCCCUCAAGGCUGCCGGCGGCCCCAGCCAGGAGCUGUAA